AGUAAAAUUAGAAUAAAAAUGACGAUUCAUAAAAUUAAAUCACAUGUACUUAACUUCCAUCCAUCAUACAAGGUUAUUUAUGUGAUUUGACCAGGUCAGGUUAUUACUUAGGGUAACACCAAGAUAUUUUGCAUGGUCAGUGGACUGAAGCUGGACAUUAUGUAGGGUGUAAGGAUAUAUGACAGGAUUUCUUUUACGGAAAGUUACAUGUAAACUGAAGCCACAUGAAACAUGUCUGAGGCAGAAGAUCAAAAUCAGAAUGCUGGUGCACGAAAGAAAACAGAAAACAAGCCAAGUUUGGCAGAGGUGAUGCAGAAGGGGACAGAAGAGAAGAAAAAACAAGGAGAUGAGAGAGAUGCCUCACAUGCUGUAGGUGGUACUGAGGAUCAUAAGGAAGAUAUACACAGUGAAGACAGCGAGACUGACGAAGAGGAGUACAAUAUGAUGAUUGCUGGUCUGUCUGAAGUUGCCUUGCUGAUGAAGAAACCUGAACCAGUUUUUGGGACUGGUUUCUUGUAUGAUGAAAAAUUUACUCUUCACAAGAAUGACUGGCAGUCAAACUUUCCAGAGAAACCAGCUAGAGUUACCAGUCCAUAUAAAAGAUGCUGUGACCUUGACCUUGUAAACCGAUGCACCAGAAUAGAGGUCCAGUAUGGAACAGAAGAUCAGGUGUUGUUACAACAUUCACAGAGACAGAUAGAUAUUCUACAAUCUGUUACUGAGAUGGAUAUUAAUGAGAGAAAGUCCCUCUCAACAAAAUAUGAUUCUGUAUACUUCCAUCAGGAGACAUUUCAGACUGCAAUGUUGGCUAUGGGAAGUACAGUAGAGAUGAUGGAACAGAUACUCAAGAAAAAUGUAAGAAAUGGAUUUGUUUUAGCAAGACCACCAGGGCAUCAUGCAGUGACUGAGGAAUUCUGUGGAUUCAGUUUCUUCAACAAUGUUGCCAUAGCAGCAAAACAUGCAGUAGAUAACCUUGGAUUGAAGAGGGUAUUGAUAGUGGACUGGGAUGUACACCAUGGCCAGGCAACACAACAGAUGUUUUAUAAUGAUCCAAGGGUGUUGUAUUUUUCCAUUCACCGUUAUGAGUAUGGGGACUACUGGCCUAAACUGAGAGAGUCGGACUAUGAUUUCAUUGGUGAUGGAGAGGGGAAAGGAUUCAACAUUAAUGUGCCUUUAAAUCAGACUGGAAUAGGAGAUAGUGACUAUCUAGCCAUCCUUCAACAAAUUCUGAUGCCAGUGGCUUAUCAGUAUGCCCCAGAGAUAGUUCUUGUGUCCAGUGGUUAUGAUGCUGCUAUUGGUGAUGUAAAGGGAGAAAUGAUGGUCACUCCUGCAGCUUACGCACAUUUCAUACACAUGCUGAGUUCUCUAGCUGAGGGCAGAGUGUGUGCAGUACUUGAGGGAGGAUAUAAUAUAAAGUCACUGUCAGAGGGUGUAGCCUUAAGUGUGCGGUCAUUGUUAGGUGACCCCUGUCCCAUGCUCAAACCUACAACAGAACCAUCUGAUAGUGUCACAGAGAGUAUAUUGAAUGUAAUCAAGUGCCUUUCUCCAUACUGGACAUGUCUGUGUUACCAGUCACGACUAGAUGAAGAUGAACCAUGUGAAUUUGAUGGUGUCAACUCAGACCCUCCAAAAGAUGGUAUUGUGUUUGACACCCCUGAAAACAAGCCCUCAGAAUACCCACUGACUUAUACAUACCCAUACAAUGUUGAACAGGAGUACAUACAGGCUGAAUCAAAAUGGAACAGCACUAUAGAUUCAUUGAUUGCAGAAACAUCACUGACUGUACCACCUCAUAGAACAUGUUUGGUAUAUGACAAAGGCAUGAAGGCCCAUCGAGCUAUAGGAAAUCCUGGUCACCCAGAGAAGCCAGAGAGAAUUUCAAGAAUUUACGACAAGCAUCGUGACUGGGGACUACUCGAGAGAUGCUUACAGUUAAAGUGUAGGUUAGCAGAGCCAGAAGAGCUGGAACUUGUUCACAGUGAAAAGUUCAUUGAUCAGAUGAAGAAAACAGAAACAUUCACACCUGAAGAGAUGUCAGACUUUCAGGAAGCUUUUACGAUACCUGGUGAAAAGGUGCCAGUGUUUGUUAAUAAUGACUCUUAUAUAUGUGCAAGGAUGGCAGCUGGCUGCACCUUAAAUGUGAUAGACUGUGUUCUCUCUGGGCAGGCAAGAAAUGGAGUAGCAAUUGUCAGACCACCAGGACAUCAUGCUGAGUGUGAAAAACCUAUGGGGUUUUGUUUCUUCAAUUCUGUUGCUAUAGCAGCGAAAUAUGCUCAAAAGAAGUUUGGAGUGAAAAAGGUUCUGCUGUUAGAUUGGGAUGUUCACCAUGGAAACGGAACACAACAUAUGUUUUAUGAAGAUCCAAGUGUAUUAUACAUAUCUUUACAUCGUUACGAUGGUGGAUUUUUCUAUCCAUCAUCUACUGAUGGUAACUACAACAUGGUAGGGAGAAAAGCUAGCCUUGGGUUUAAUGUUAACAUACCAUGGCAUUAUGGUGGAAAAGGUGAUGCAGAAUAUCUUGCAGCAUUUCAACAAAUAGUUAUGCCUAUUGCUUAUGAGUAUGCCCCAGAUCUAGUGCUGGUAUCUGCUGGUUUUGAUGCUGCAAUUGGUGAUCCUCUGGGAGGAUGUAAAGUUACCCCGGCUGGCUAUGGUCACAUGACCCAUAUGUUGAGUGGUUUAGCCAGUGGCAGGGUUAUUGUUGUACUGGAGGGAGGUUACAAUCUGGUUUCGAUGGCCAAUUCAAUGGCAACAUGUACAUCAGUAUUACUUGGCGACCCUGCCCCAGUCUGGAGAUACGAACAACCUCAACAAAUAGCUGUGAUGACAAUCUGUGAUGUGCUGGACACCCACAGAAGUUACUGGAAAUCUCUAAAAUUUAGAGUUGGUAUACCAGUUAAAGAAAAAGAAGAAUCAAGCACCAAUGAGGAAGAAAAUAAAACUGAUGAGGACAUAAGUAAGCUGUCAGACCAGCUGAGUUCAGUCUCUGUAAGGGAACCUAACACUGAUUUUGAGACAAAACAAAGUGAAGAGUCAAUGGCAGAGCAGGGAUCCAGUAACGGAGCAGAGGGAGGAUCAGACAAGUUUAGUUCAAACAAGGAACUUCUCAAACACUAUGAGGACCAAGGUGUUGAGGCAAUGUAUGCUGUAGAGCCAUUGAAGGAUUGUAAGCACCUAGAUGAAGUUGCCCCAUUGCCUGAAGGGGGAUUGAAUGUUAAUGAUCCUUGUGAGGAAUGCGAGGCCAAGGGAGAAAACUGGGUCUGUCUUGUCUGCUACAAGGUAUACUGCAGUAGGUAUGUUAAGGAGCAUAUGGUGAAGCAUGGAAAGGAGGCAAAACAUCCAGUUGUGUUGAGCUAUGCUGAUCUGUCAGUCUGGUGUUACGAGUGUGAUAACUAUCUUGAUAAUGAGAAAUUGAAGCCUGCAAAGCAGUCGGCCCACAAAAGUAAAUUUGGUAGAGAUCUUUGAUGAACAACUGCCGUCAGCAGAUGAACAUUGGGUUCUUGCUGUUCCAUGUAAUCAUGUUCAAAUUGAAGUGUUCUAUCUAGAUAUGCACUUGCUGAACAUUUUCUUUCACUUUAUGGAUUUUGUCAGCUUUUGAUGUGUUUCACUUACUUGUAUUAGUAUUCAAGACUAUUCCGCUGUGAUAAAAAUAUAUUUUUGGAGUUAAUUUAACAUAUCUUAAUAUACAUGUAUUAGUGCAUAAAAUAAAUGAAACAGAAGAUGUUUAAAUUCAUAAACACCAUUCUUUGAAAUACAGGAAUAUAUUUUAGUGUGUUACUCAGUGGCAGAAUGAUUGAUUUGAUUUUUUCACAUGAGCUGAAUGUUUUGAGUUGCAAGUGAUAUCAUACUUGUUACAUUAUGAUAAGCCUGUUGUUCAAGAAGAAAAGUUGAAAGGGAGAGCUAUGUAUUUUUUCUUGAAAGAUAACAUUUUGUAUUUGUUAUCAUAUACUCAGAAAACUAGAAGAGCUCAUUUUCUUAUAGACGUUACUAAACAGACAGUUUGUGAUAUGGGAAGCAUCAGAAAAAAACUGAUUCUUCAAACCUUAUUGCUGUAAGAAUGAUUCAGAACAAAAAUACUGUUUUAUUCUAUUCAGCAAUUUUCAUGAAAAAAAAUGAUUUUUAGCUCAUCUGAUUUUUUGAAAAAAAAUGAUGAGUUAUUGUCAUCACUUGAGCGGUUGUCGGCGUCUGCGUCGGCGUUGCCUGGUUAAGUUUUAUGUUUAGGUCACCUUUUCUCCUAAACUAUCAAAGCUAUUGCUUUGAAACUUGGAAUACUUGUUCACCAUCAUAAGCUGACCCUGUAUAGCAAGAAACAUAACUCCAUCUUGCUUUUUGCAAGAUUUAUGGCCCCUUUUGUACUUAGAAAAUAUCAGAUUUCUUGGUUAAGUUUUAUGUUUAGGUCAACUUUUCUCCUAAACUAUCAAAGCUAUUGCUUUGAAACUUGGAAUACUUGUUCACCAUCAUAAGCAGACCCUGUACAUCAAGAAACAUAACUCCAUCUUGCUUUUUGCAAGAUUUAUGGCCCCUUUUGGACUUAGAAAAUCAGUUUUCUUGGUUAAGUUUUAUGUUUAGGUCAGCUUUUAUCCUAAACUAUCAAAGCUAUUGCUUUAAAACUUGCAACACUUGUUCACCAUCAUAAGUUGACCAUGUACAGCAAGAAACAUAACUCCAUCCUGCUUUUUGCAAGAUUUAUGGCCCCUUUUGGACUUAGAAAAUAUCAGAUUUCUUGGUUAAGUUUUAUGUUUAGGUCAACUUUUUCUCUUAAACUAUCAAAGCUAUUGCUUUGAAACUUGCAACACUUGUUGACCAUCAUAAGCUGACCCUGUACAGCAAGCAACAUAACUCCAUCCUGCUUUUUGCAAUAAUUAUUGCCCUUUUUGGACUUAGAAAAUAAUUUUCUUGGUUGAGUAUUAUGUUUAAGUCAACUUUUCUCAUAAACUAUCAAAGCUAUUGCUUUAAAACUUGCAACAGUUUUUCACCAUCAUAAGUGGACACUGAACAUCAAGAAACAUAACUCUAACCUGCUUUUUGCAAGAAUGAUGGCCCUUUUUAGACUUAGAAAAUCAUGGGUAGGACAAUAUUUCUAUUACACAAAAAAAAAUCAGAUGAGCGUCAGCACCGGCAAGGCGGUGCUCUUGUUCUAUGAAUAGAAGGAUUUUAUCAUUUGUCAUUUAACCUCUUUCUUUUUUUUUCCUGGGUCAUCUUAUGGGCCAAGUUACAUUCUUAUCUUGUGUCCAGUAUACAUUCCCAUCCAUCGCGGGUUUGUCAAAAUCACGGGACAAAUGUAAAGAGAACCAUGGAAAACCUUUGGUAUGAGAGAAUGCCUAUAUUGGUCCUGUUUCUUGUGUUAGCAGGUGUGUAAUUGGCAAUAACAAUGGUCUCAAGGCAGGACUUUGUAUGACCUUCAAGCUUUCCUGUUUUAUGAACUAUAAACCAUAGCUGUUUUUUUCUUGUUUUCUUCAAACAGAAAUCUGUUAAGUAGCAUCACCUUUCAAAAUUGAAUCACACCAUUAGAAGGAUAGCAUUUUUGAAGUAGUAUUGUUGCAUGGCUUUACCACUUAGGAAUUUUUUUCAUAGAUUAUUUUUUGUUGGCAAUAUACAUUUAGGGCACUUGCAAAAAGACAGUCUGUAUGUUACUUUCAUAAGUUGACAGCUUUGUGUUAAUGUGUUUUAGUGAAGCAGCUUUCCUGGAGCAUAUUUAUAAGAUCAUUGUUGUUGAGCUCCGAGUUACCUUAAUAAUUGUAAGAAGUAAACAUUGUCACCUAAUCUUGUCCAAUGAAAUACUCAUUCUUUGUCAUAUUGUAUCUUUGAUUGAAGACCUGUCUUGCAAGAUCUAAUUAAUAUUAAUUCUAUUUUUCCCAGUAGACAAUUAACCCGUGCAGUAUUCCACUACCACAUCAUAUUUCUUAGUAAAAAAAUAUAUACUAGUGUAUAAAAUCAGUAGAAAAAACUGAAGAUUCUUUAAUACUGAAAAAUAUAUAUACAUGAAAAAAAAUACAAGUGAAUAAUGCAGGUUUUAUAUCAUUGAGCAGGAAAAUUUAUUAUGGAAGCAGGUAUAUUUAGUAGUUAACAAUUGUUUGAAUACAGUAUUUAUAGAUAACAAAGUUAGAGUAGGUUUGUAUUUUAAGGUUGUAUUGAUUAUUUGAUAGCGCAGCAGACUACAAUCAAUUUAUUAGGUGCUGUAACACUGAUUUUAUUUAUCAAUACAUUUUGCAGUAUAAUACAUUGAUUGAUAACUUUUAGGAUUUAACGAUAUUAAUGUUGUCACUAUCUUUAUAUUUUUAUGUGUGUUAACGAGGGGUUGAAGUCAGGCGAUAUUUCCACUGGAAAUCUUUUGCAUAUAUCUUGAUGCAAAACUAAAAGUAUAUUAUUACAUAAUCAUGUAUUUGCUCCUAGUAAUAUUACAUAGAUGAUGUAGACUUGUUCUUUAGCAGGAGUAAAACUUGAAAAUAUUUGAUUACCAUUAAUGAAUGUUUAAUGCAAUAACACAUUAAAAUGAUGUCACCAGUGAUAUAAAGCAACCAUAUGAAAUUUGCACAUCAUUAUGGAAAAAUGUUGAUGCCAGUCCUGUUUUAAGUACAUGGAGAUUGAAAUACCUAACUAUGUAAUAAAGUAGAUUUAUUGGUCAUGUUUCAGAUUUAAUGAUACUGGUGUCUGUCACUAUCUGUACUUUAACCUGUGUUAAUGAUGAACUAGAGAGGGGUCUUUACAAUGUUUGAGCUACCUGUAAUUCUGUGCUAAAUUGUGUUUGUUAAUGCCUAUGUACAAUGUGCUGUUAUAUGGAGCCUGUCAAUAUUAAACUAUUUAAAUCAUG